AUGAAACCCAUCGCUCCUGGCAAGGGCGGGAAAUUUGCGAGCAUGAUGAUGCAGCAGAUGGGCUGGGCAGGUGGAGGAUUAGGAAAAGCGGGAGAAGGAAUCGUCAAUCCGAUAGAAGUGCAGCUAAGACCUGAAAGAGCGGGUAUAGCUUUCGGCGGACGGAAAGAGAAAACGAAGCAAGCCAAGGAGGAAGCGAAGAGAAGAGGAGAAGCAGUCAGUAGCGAUUCGGAGGGAGAAGGCAAACAGAGGAAAGGGGGCCGCAAGAAGCAAGGGAAACAAUUCAGAAAUGAAGCAGAACAUCAGGAUAGGGAGAGAAGAGAAUUGUGGAGUAGACCUGACAGGAAAAUGAGAAGGGUCAAGGUGCAACAUCGGACGUAUGAGGAGAUCAUAGCAGAGGCUGGCGGAAAUGAGCCUUCUGGUCUUGAAGCGGGCAUCGGACCCAUCAUCGAUGCUACCGGUCCUCAGGUGCGCGAAGUGGCCUCUCUCUCCAGCGCUUUGGGAGACAAGGGCAUUCCGACGAGCGAAAGCACGCGUCUGCCGGAGUUGAGGCACAACCUUAGACUGAUUUGCGAUAAUAAUCGCAUCCUGCUCGAAGGUUUGGCGAGAAAAGGCGCGCAGAAUAUCGAGAGACAAAAAUGGCUCGUCAGGGAGAGAGACGAGUCGGAGAGGAGAAGAGCCAAAGUUGCCGUGGAUGCGCAACGCGUGAGAGAGGUCCUCAGUGUCGUUCGAGACCUUGAAGAGUUGGGCAUACAGAACGAAAAACUGGUCUCAUCGGGCGUCGAGGAGGAGAUGGAUACGCAGCGAUUGAGCGACCUGAUCGGAUUGCUGAAGGAGAAGUAUGGGGACGAGAUCCAAGGGCUGGGAUUGGACGAAGCUAUCGUUGCUGCUGUUGUGCCUCUUGUGCGCACAAGAAUACGGGCCUGGAAACCAAUGCAAGAACCAAGGCAUCUUUUGGAAGAUUUCGAGCGAUGGCAUUCGGUGCUGCAAAGUGUUGAUGAGAGUCGCCACGCUACUAUGAAUGGGCACUCCAAGUCGGAUCCUGUCAUGACGCCAUUCGAAUCCCUGCUUUGGAACCUGUGGAUGCCCCCCGUCCGCAGUGCUCUCAACAACGAUUGGAAAGCACAUCAUCCCGAAGGUGCUAUGCGUCUGCUGGAAGCCUGGCAACCUUUUCUUCCUCGCUUCAUCUUUGACAAUCUGACCAAUCAGAUCAUCCUACCUCGUCUUUCCGACGCGGUCGAGCAUUGGGAAAUGUCAUCUUCAAAGGCGCCCCUGCAUGCCUAUGUGUUCCCUUGGCUGGAGCUGAUGGGGGAGCAAAUGACGAAUUUGAUGAACGAGGCGAGGAGAAGAGUCAGGGCCGUGCUUAGGAGCUGGCGAGCUAGCUCCGGUCUGCCGGAAGCCUUGCAUUUGGAGAAAUGGAGAGAGGUCUUUCAGGACGCGGAUUGGAACGCCAUGCUUCUGGAGCAGGUGGUGCCCAAGCUUUCUUCCUACCUGCGUCAAGAGCUGCGCAUCAAUCCAGCAAAGCAAGAGAUGAGCCCUUUUCAUCUCGUCGUAGCCUGGCACACUCACCUCGCCCCCAUCAACACUUCGCGUCUACUAGAAUGCGACUUUUUCCCGCAAUGGCUCGACGUCUUGCAUCUUUGGUUGACGCAGCCCAACGUGCAAUUCUCCGAAGUGGGCCAAUGGUAUUCUUUCUGGAAGGCGCAAUUCGCAAAGUAUACCGGCGUGUCGGAAUUGCCAGGCAUAAAGCUGGGUUUCAAGAGGGGUCUGGAUCUCAUCAAUCAGGCUUUGGAACGGAAGACGGCGGAAGGGAGAGCGAAUUUGCCAAAGGCAGACAGCACGCCCUUGUCCAAUCGAGGCGCAGCCGCAGAUCCAGCAGCGAUCGCGAGCGCGAGCGCGAAUGCCGAAUCAUCCAUCACGUUCAAACGCGUCGUCGAGGAAGAAGCAGCAAAGUCGGAGUUGCUCGUCUUGCCACUGAGCAAAUCUCAUCCGCUCAACGGAGCGCCGCUACUUCGCAUAUCCCCUCACAUUACUGGAAAGCCCGGCAUCACUUUUUACAUCGACGACGAUGUGGUCUGGGCUUUUGCUGCUGCUCAUCAUACCGCCUCGUCAAAUGCGGCCGAUGAGUACAGCCCCAUCAGUCUGCAGGAACUUGUCCAGAGUGCCAAGCUCGUCAAAAAGUGA